UGGCUCUUCUCUCUUCUCUCUCUAGCUCUGCACACAAAACACUAAAACACUGCGUUUUGUGUGCUCAAGCUCUCAGUGUCUUCACAUUAACUCACAGAGAGAGAGAAAGAUAGCAAUGGCGGUUUCGGAGAAUAAGAAAUGGAUUACGGCCUGCGUGUCGGUGCUUCUUCUGUUCUGCUUCGUCGCUGCAAUGUCCGGUCGUGUCAGCCUCGACGGUACCCCUAUCCUCAGGAAUGGUGGAACGGAGGAGUUGCAGAGCUCGAGCAAUUCAUCAAUGGCGCCCAGGGUGAAUGAGAAUGAUGAUGGAGGGUUGAAUAAGCAUGCAGUUGAGAACCCAGAUGAAAUUGCUGCCAUGGUUGACAUGAGUAUCCGCAACAGCACUGAAAGGAGAAAGCUGGGCUACUUCUCAUGUGGAACUGGAAAUCCCAUUGAUGAUUGCUGGCGUUGUGAUCCCAACUGGCAAAAGAACCGCAAGCGUCUUGCAGACUGUGGAAUUGGUUUUGGCAGAAAUGCCAUUGGUGGUCGUGAUGGACGCUUCUAUGUUGUCACUGAUCCUAAUGAUGAUGAUCCCGUUAACCCCAGACCCGGCACUCUGCGCCAUGCUGUCAUCCAGGAUGAGCCCCUCUGGAUUGUGUUCAAACGUGACAUGGUGAUCCAAUUGAAGCAGGAGCUUAUCAUGAAUAGCUUCAAGACCAUUGAUGGCCGUGGAGUCAAUGUCCACAUUGCUAAUGGAGCAUGCAUUACAAUCCAGUUUGUCACAAAUGUUAUAGUUCAUGGUCUGCAUAUCCAUGACUGCAAGCCCACAGGAAAUGCUUUGGUGAGGAGCUCCCCAUCUCACUUUGGAUGGAGGACAAUGGCUGAUGGUGAUGCUAUCUCCAUCUUCGGGUCAAGCCAUAUCUGGGUUGAUCACAAUUCCCUCUCCAAUUGUGCUGAUGGUCUUGUUGAUGCUGUCAUGGGGUCAACUGCUAUUACCAUCUCCAACAACCACCUUACCCACCACAAUGAAGUAAUGCUGUUGGGCCACAGCGAUUCUUAUACCAGGGACAAGCAAAUGCAAGUGACUAUUGCCUACAACCACUUUGGAGAGGGACUUAUCCAGAGAAUGCCAAGGUGCAGACAUGGAUAUUUCCAUGUGGUGAACAACGACUACACUCACUGGGAAAUGUAUGCCAUCGGUGGAAGUGCAGACCCCACUAUCAACAGCCAAGGCAACAGAUAUGCAGCUCCAACCAACCCCUUUGCAAAGGAGGUUACCAAGAGAGUGGAGACAUCGCAAACUCAGUGGAGGGGCUGGAACUGGAGGUCAGAAGGUGAUCUUCUACUCAAUGGUGCCUUCUUCACUCCAUCUGGAGCUGGAGCGUCAGCUGUCUAUGCCAGGGCCUCAAGCUUGGGAGCCAAGUCAUCGGCCAUGGUGGGAACCAUAACUGCUGGUGCUGGUGCACUUGGAUGCCGCAGAGGACGUACCUGCUAGUACUCGUAGUAUCUCAUUCUCAGCUUUACACUUAUAUAGAACAUUACCCAAUUUCAAAAUAUUCCACCAAUUGGUUUCUUCACCCCAUCUUUCUAUUCUUCAAAAUCUGGCAAGUGUACAUUAUUUACACAUGUCACUAUAUUGUCGAGUCCAAAUCUGAACCCGAAUCCAUUUCCCUCCCACCCCCGCCAAACUGUCUAUUCUGUCAUUGCUCAACCUCGGUCUGCUUCCUCUGAAAAAUACAAUGCCAUUUUAGGAGCAGGUGCAGAAGUGUUGUUCAUGUUUUUCUUUUUUUUCCUUAUAUCCUAUCUUUCGGUCUUACUCUGUUUCAUCCUAUCUACCACCACCACCACCACCAUAUUCUAACCACAGUUUGUGUGUCCUUGUUUGUCUAUCUUCCCUCCCAGUGUCAGUAUUUUUCAUCUGCAUACAUUUGGGGUCUUAUUAUAGGAUAUGAAUGGUUUUCUGGGUUUCUGCUUUUGUCUAGAGUCUUACAAGCAAAUAGUGUGAGAUAUGAAUGUCAAAACUUGGGUUAUGAAAGGACUUCAUUACAGUCUUCUAGAGAGAGAGCAUAGCAAUUGGCAGUGAUGUUUUGUACCUUUUCACUUAUUAAGCUUUUUUUCUUCUUUGGC